GCGAACAAGAAAGCCAAGUUGCUGAAUAGCAGCGCAACUCUUCAAACAACAAAUGCCGUAGCAAAUGGUACAAUAGCAGUUGCUGGCAGCGUACAUAAUGAACUUGGCCAUAGCAAUCAGCAUCCGUCACAUCAGAAUCACAUCUAUGGACAUAACAACAGUAGCAACAAUGCACAGCGCAGUAAUCAUCAACAGAACGGCAAUUACCAGGCCCACUAUCAGCAAGUCAAUGUCAGCUACCAACAGCACCAGAUGCAUGCACAUCACUACCAACAUCAACAACAACAGCAUCAACAAAUCUAUGGCUCAUCCGCUGAGGAUCAUUAUGAAUUGCAGCAACUGCAAUAUGGCUACAGUAAUCCCAAUGGCUUGAAUGGACAAGGCACCCGACCAGGCGGUCCCAAUUUAGUAAACAAACAACUUGUAUUGCCAUUUGUACCGCCAAGCUUUCCAAAUAACUCACAAGACGGUGUAACACAUCUCAUCAAGCCGUCAGAAUAUUUGAAGAGCAUCAGCGACAAGCGUUCGUGCCCCUCAUCUGCCAGAUCCACUGAUACUGAGGAUUAUAUGCAAAUACAAGUAUCUAAUCAGCAUCCGAUUGGUUUUGAACCUCCCAAGCCUCCGCCACCACCUCCAAUGCCAAUGCAACCGCUUAUUUACAGCAGCAACAACAACAACGAAAAACUUAAUACAGUGAAGUCCAUAAACACACUUGCAUCACCUACGAAUCCCGAUACAGCGACACGUAAACAGCAUCAACCAUUAUCAGCUAUAUCUAUACAGGAUUUAAAUAGCGUACAGCUACGUCGUACGGACACACAAAAAGCGCCUAAACCAUUUCAAAUGCCUGCACGCAGUCUAAGCAUGCAAUGUCUAUCAUCCACUACAGAUACUUAUUUGAAAACUGACCUAAUUGCGGAACUUAAAAUAUCAAAGGACAUACCGGGGAUCAAAAAAAUGAAGGUAGAAAAGCAAAUGGCUAAUCGUAUGGACUCUGAACACUAUUCCGAAAUAACUAAACAAUUCACGGCAAAUAAUUAUGUGGAUCAAAUCUAUAUGCAGAUACCUGACAAGGAUCCAUCUGGUAAUGUUAUACCAGAUUGGAAGAGACAAAUGUUAGCAAAAAAAGCAGCUGAACGUGCCAAAAAAGAUUUCGAGGAUCGCAUGGCUAAGGAAGCGGAAAGUCGUCGUCUCUCACAAAUACCACAAUGGAAACGUGAUUUAUUGGCGCGACGCGAAGAAACUGAAAAUAAAUUAAAAGCCACUAUUUAUACACCUAAAGUAGAGGAGAAUAAUCGUAUAGCUGAAACUUGGCGUUUGAAAAAUCGUGCUAUGUCCAUUGAUAACAUCAGCAUGGUAUCCUGUACAACAGACAUUAUAGCCUAUCAGAGCAACAAUAAGGAAAAUAAUUGUGGUAUUGAAAUGAAUGGUACCAAUGAAAAGCCCAUAGAAGAUGAUAUGCACAAACUUACCGAAAAAUCUCAAGAUGAUGACGAUGCAAAUGAUAAUAUAAUACCUUGGCGAGCACAGUUAAGAAAAACUAAUAGCAGACUGAGUUUAGUUUAGAGAGUAUUUUGA